GAUUGUCAUGGAGAAGAAACGUGUUCCAGACGAUCCAUCACAGAUCCCUCUUGUUAGAGGGCGCGGUAUCAUUCGGGGAGCGAAACCAGAGGCGCUCUGCCAAAUUGCGCUCCAAGAAGGUGCAAGACGCGCAUGGGAUCCACGUUUCCUGGAACGGCACGCCCUGGCCCGGUAUGGUCGUCGGUCCUACAAAUUUUAUUCGAUUGAAAGAGGUGCUGCCAGUGUCCUUGUAUCCCAACGCGACAUCGUCGGCGUGCACGAUGCAAUAUUCCACGAUGACGGUACAAUAGAAGCUGUACAAACAUCUGUUCCGAAUGACGCCCGUACUCCUGAGACCUCUGGGAAAGUUCGAGCAAACCUGAAGGUAGCAGGCUUUGUAUUUCGACCAUCCGGAGAAACUGAUACGGAUGUAACCUACUUGGUCAAAGUGAAUCCAAACGGAAGUAUUCCAGCGGCUAUCGCCAGUCGAAUUGUGGGAGAAAUUCCACAAUGCGUAGUCAACAUCGCGAAGUUUUUCCAUUCGGAUGGAUUCGUUCCUUAUAUUCCCCACUCACUCGUCUUCCUAGCGACUCUGCGUUACGAGAAAUAUGAACACUCUUCUCGCUCUUACAGGGCCGGUUUUAUUGGAGCAAGCGCGGAGGAGCUCCACAUUGUCGUCGAUAACAAGACUAUGUACCACGACAGAUAUGACAUUGAAGUAGCCAAAGACAAUGGUGACACGGUUGAGGGGAUUGACAUCAUACAAGAGCCUGGUUUAAUCAAGAUCAAAUUAGGAGAUCAAGUGAGGGGCCAGAAAUUCUUCGUGAAGACGUCGAGGAAGAGGAAGGUUAUCAAGCAGCCGCGACGGAAAGAGCCCAAUGCUUCGAUGGAUCCAGUAAAGUGGGACAGAGCUCGGGCCGCAGCAAUCGAAUUUGCGUGGAGACUUCCCUAGGCAUUGAGGCUGGUGUCUUCGUCGAUGUUAAGCGACGCGCUAGAAUUUAGAGAGUAUUCGUAAAGAACGGCGGAAAGCGGAAUCCCAUGCGAAGGCCGAAGAGUGAAGUUAGAUGAUCAAUGAGC